UGUACAUGGCAAAGACAGGGACGCUUACGAGAUGGCAGCUUCAGUCAAUCCACCAUGGAUCUGUGGACGUAUGUAGCUUUCGCUCAGAGUUAGGUCAACCACUGGCAGAUUGUGCGUCUCUAGCGUAGGUCAGCUGCCUGCGCCAGACAUCAGCGUGUGUACGUUUGGUGCGAGAGAAGAAGUAACGUUCCCCGGAAAGUAAAUGGUGGGCGCGAUCUUGGAAAGGCGAGGAAUCCGGAACAACGAUCCCAGGCAACAUACUUACAUGUUUGGUAGACUUCCAGAUCGGCUGUCUUUCUCUGCGGAAACUGCUGACAACGGAGUAUUGGUGAGGUCAAAACACCCGCUUCAGAACAACAUUACUCUAAGACAGAUAGUACGAAGCGUGGAGGCCUUCGGACCCUGGAGUGACGGAGACUCGACACGUGGUAAUCCCUCCGCUCCGGGUCCGGAUUGAUACGUUGCGCGGAUUGUUCAUACAAUUGUCUGCUGUCGGGUGAGCGAAAUAGCGUGGUGUGAGUCACCACCCACGACCUGGAAUGACUAGUACUAUGUGCAGUGCCAUGUGAAGCUGACUGUGCAGGAAUUAUCCAUGCCAUUCGAGUGGCAGUAGUAGUAGUGCACAAGCGCCGAUUGUGGAUCUACCGCAGUGCCUCUGAUCUGCCACUGUUGGGUGACUAGGUGUGUCUGCGAACGGCCGAUUGCCGGCGCGUGAAACCCAACAGCAGACGCACCGCAAGCUGCGAGCAACCAGCUUCACACUACAAUCUAGUGCUGCCAAGCCCGUGGCAACCGAGGCUCGGCUGUGCUUCGCCGCCGCCAAGUCCGCUUUUGUGGCAGGCCACCGAGGCAAGGCUUCGCUCUACUCGGGUUCUCGCAAAUCAAUUCGUCCUCUCCGCUUCCUGAGCUCCAAACUGAGUUCGUAGUUAGUAGUGCAGAAAGCCUCACCGUGUUGGUUUGUAGGUACACGAGGACACUCGUGAAGGUAGUUCGCUAUUGAGUACUAGUAUUGCUGCGGGCGGUGAGAAACAGUGAAGCUGUCAUCCGGAAGGUGUGUCGGCUGACUGCCACCCUAUCGACAGCCCAGAUUGCCGGAAGGCCGAGCGGUGGAAAUAAUUGCGUCUUUCUGCGCAAAUCUUUGUAAUGUCCAUGAGAAGGAGAAAGGAAGCAAAUACAAAGGAGAACAUCCUGUCAGGAGUUGACAUGAUGGCGAGGCAUAGCAGCAAUAAUGGAAAUGCUGGCAGAAGAUCGUCCCGUCAGUGUGGUGGCCUGUCGGUAAAUCCGUUAUUGCGACUAUCAACCGUGUCGGCGCCGUCGUGGUUCCUGAUCACCGUGCUCGGCUAUGCUCUAACGUGUAGCGGCAUUCACAGCGCUCCGCUGCUCUCGCCCAGUCAGGAACCUGGACUAGCGGUAGACCGGUUCGGAUUGGUUCAGGCUUCUCUGGACCAAUCGCAUUGUUUGGCACGGUGCUACGCUGUGGAUUGCGAGCCAUGUCAACGACUGUGCUUGCUGACGCUAGAGCAAGAUGGACGCAUCUCCAGCCUGUGUGCACUCUCUAACAUCAAUGAAACGCUGGCAGACGUCUUCUCUGCAGUGUGCGCGCACGAGGGCACGGUCAUUGGCAAUGAUGCCAUGCCGACGAGUCACCCUGCGCCUCGCGAUGUCACGCAGCUCCCGAUCUCGGCCUCGUCCAGUGUGUUGUCAUGGAGACAUGAGGUUGGUGACGUCAUCGAAGGCGGUGGAGUGGACAAUAGGAACACCACGAGUGUGUUCAUUGUUUGCCAGGCGCUGGAGCGCAGCCAAUGUGACAUGGAGCUCAGUUUUAAUCUGGCAUUAGGCAGCUCUCUCACCCUUCCCAACCAAGAAGCCAACAACAACCUCUUCUUCGUGGCCAGAGUAUUCGCCACGACAGUCUCUGAGUUCUCAAACAGCCAUGUCCUCGCUGGGGGUGCUGCCAGGAACAUCACAGUCAGGCAUAUAGCAGUGGACCACCAUGCUGCUAUGGAGAUUACCUGGAUAGCACCUGAUCCAUUUUUGCACAUUGUACCGGAUGAGUAUGAGAUGACAAUUAGGUUGGCAGCAUCCGCAGAUGCUUCAUGUACGUUCGCGCAGCAAAGCUGGCAAAUAGCAGGCAAUGAGACUCGUCUUGUUCUUCCCACAAAUUUGGCCGACGACAACUUGACUUUGCUCUGUCCAUAUGAAAUACGAGUUCUUGCCCUGCCGAUUGCCACAGUCUUGGAGAAUAACGUGCACAACUUUACACUUGAAGGCUGCUCCGAGCUCAACCCUGGCUGUCAGCUUCCCCUAGACCCAGACCUAGCGACACCUGGACAGUUCACGGCCAACGUGACGUUCACGUGCAGUCAUGAGUUUAGACUGAACUUCUCCAUGGUGUUUCCCCUACUGCCCGCACCACAAUACAUUCACAGUAUACGGCUGGAUGUGAUAGCUGGUGUGGGGAUUUCCAUUCCAGUACGAUCGUUCAGAUUAGUUCCACAGACUUCAGAUCGCCUUGUUAUCCAAGAUUGGAUGGUUGGCCCCGGUCAGGUCUUCGAGGGUACUGCAGUCUUCAGCCGAGAUAUUCUGGACUCAUUCGAUGUGAUAGUCUACGUUGUUGCAGUGGAGAUAUUGGUGAUUCGUGAUCAGAUGCCUGGCCGCGUGCUCUUCUCCACCGCCAGCCCUAGCAGCAACACCACACUCACCCUGAACGUGACACGCACAUUCCAGGACAACAGAGGCGUAGCAUGUGGCGGUGUCACGAAUGCCACUGCGGCCACCACAACCACCACUGUCGCGCCAACGAGCAACGCAACAAACACGUCGGAUACGGCAAACGUGACAUCAGCAGCACCACCAACCACAUUGCCGCCGGCAGUUACGCCACUACCACCAGUCACAACACCAGUAACCAUGAUUGGCUCAGUGACAUCAGCCACAGCUAGUGUAGCUACACCCACCCAACAAACACCAGAAACAACAGCCAUGGUGGACAGCAGCACAAUCUCCAGUGCCUCGCCUUCAGCCAGCACAGCAACGACAAUACCCGCCACUACGCUUCCACCGCUGGACCUGCCCCGAGAUCAGUUUCAACUAGUGGAGGGCUCACUGGAGCAAGCAACCUGCCUAGCACGUUGUAUUCUCAUCGACACACGGGAAUGCAAGGCCCUAUGCCUGAUCACUAUGCAGAACUUUGAGCAGGUGCAGGACCUGUGUGACAGACUACCCUCAAUUGCUGAAGACACUGUCGAGUCGGCGGUGUGUUUCUAUAAAGCCGAUCCCACCACCGCAACACCGCCCAGUGCUCCCAUCAACUUCACCCAGCUGACCAUAAACAGUCACUUCAGUGUGUUGUCGUGGCGACACACGAGUCGCUACACCGACAAUGAUACCGUUGCCGAUGUAUUCAUUGUGUGUCGGGGCAUUGGCCGCGAGAGGUGUGCAUCGAAGAACCUGCACAAUUUGGCACUCACAACAGAACUGAGAAUACCGUUCGAUGAGGGAACCAACUUCUUUUACGUGGCCACCGUUUCUCCGUCCAGCGCGUCCGAGUUCUCCCAGUCGCAGGCUAUUCUGGCUGGCGGUCUCAUCACAAACAUCACAGUACGACAUGUCCAGCUCAACUUCCACGCGGCCGUCAAUAUCACAUGGAUGCAGCCAGAUCCGAAUAUUCAACCAGUGCCAAACAACUAUGAGGUGACCAUUCGCGUAGGGCCAGAUGCCGACCCAUCGUGUUUGUUUCAGGAGUCAACAUGGAUUACAACGGAGCCUCGCCUCACUCUGCCCACGGAUCUCAGCGAUGCUAACCUCACACUGGCUUGCCCAUACCAGAUACGAGUGGCUGCCCCUCCCAUUGCUGUUGUCUUGGAGGAUGACUACCAAGAUUUCUUCUUUCCAGCCUGUGACGCUGGUUUCGCCGAGUGUCCGCUGACCUAUACCCCGGACGAUAUCGCCAUGCCAAAGAACUUCAGCGUCAAGAUUGACUUUGUGUGUGCCACUCGCUAUGUUGUCACCUACUCGUUUGUCUUUCCGUUCGCACCGCCAGCUCAAUACAUCCAGUUGUUCAGCCUGGGACUGAUCGGAGCCGUCCCUCUAAACAUCCCUGUACGGCCGUACCGUCUCGUACCGCAGACGGCGGCCGAAGCUGAAAUCACCGACUGGACUGUUGGUCCCGGAGGUACUGUCAGUGGUGUUCACGAGAUCAACAACAAUCUCCUUGCUGGUAACGACAUCAUAGUCAUCAUUGCCACGUUGACCAGUGUGAUCAUAAGAGACUCACCACGCAAGACGUUCUUCAGUACGCGGAUGCGAGCGAUUGACCUAGAGAUCAACGUCACCACACAGGCCAGAGCAUCAAAAUCUAUACUCAUAUGCACACCUCCCCCUACAACGCUACCAGCGAUAACCACACCAAUGAACAGCUCAGACAAUAGCAGCGCAGCCGUGUCCGGUGACGACGAGGCAACGCUCACCAUCGCCAUAGUAACAUCAGUGGUGUUUGUGUUUCUGCUGAUCGUUGCCGUACUGGUGCUGUAUCGGCGCGGCAAGUCGCCCGGAACAUGGAACCUAGAACGGCCGCUCAAUCACACGUUCCUGAAUCGCUCUCACACAUACUGGGUGUCGCCGACCAGCAAAGGCAAGCAGUUCUCCGCUGAGCUGGCCAUGCAGCUAUCCAGAUGGGAAGUGGAUCUUGAGAAGCUGACGUUCGGCCAGGAGCUGGGAGCCGGCGCAUUCGGACGAGUCAUCAAGGGAGCGGCGUCACAGCUACCCAACAACAACGAUGUCACGCCAUUGCCUGUUGCCAUCAAGACAACGAAACCUAAUGCAUCCAAGGCUCAGAAGAUAGCUAUGGUCAGUGAGAUUGAGCUGAUGAUGAAGUCAAUGGAGGGCCAUGAUCCCAGCAAGCAUCUAAACAUUGUCACCAUGCUGGGCUGUGUGACGCUGAGUGAACCCUACUGUCUCGUUAUGGAGUACGUUCCACACGGCAAGCUGCUUGACCUGCUGAGAGGUGCUCGCUGUAAGAGCAAGGAAUACUGUGAAUUGACCAAGACAAGUCUGGGUAGAGUGUUUGUGGACCUCGACGAGAACGGAGCGAUACGGACGGCGGAGGCAGCCAAGUACGGGCGUCAUAUCACACGGGGAAUGGACUAUCUUGCUAGCAAGAAGCUCAUCCAUCGUGACUUGGCAGCACGCAAUAUUCUGGUGGGCGAGGACAAGGUGUUGAAGAUCUGUGACUUUGGUCUGGCUCGUGACAUUGGCAAAGAUGAGGUAUACGUACGGAUGACAAGUGGAAAGCUGCCGAUCAAGUGGAUGGCACUGGAAUCAUUGGAGGAUAACGUCUUCACAAUAAAGAGUGAUGUGUGGUCAUUUGGUGUUGUCAUGUGGGAGAUCGGUACAUUAGGGGAAUUCCCUUACCCAACGGUGGAGUAUGAUGAGCUAACGGAGCAUCUGCACCAAGGACACAGACUAGAGAAGCCAAUGCACGCUGAUGAUAGAAUCUACCAGCUAAUGCGAAGCUGUUGGCACAAAGACCCACUGCAGAGACCGGAGUUUGUAAAACUACAGCAGCAGCUCGAGGAAAUCAUCCAGGACACUGAGCCGUAUUUUGAGUUUGACGGCGAAGGUCCCGAAGGAACAGAGGAAGAGUCAGCAUCCUCCGGUACCCCAUCUCAGUGCUAGUGUAUAUAGAUGAUAGUGAUACUGAUGAUGUCAUCGAUGAUGUCUUUCUCUGGCACACCAUGCCAGGUCUACUGUAUAUAGACAGUGGUGAUGGUUAAACUGAUGAUGUCAUUGAUGAUGUCAUUUUUACACAGGGUAUGACAUCAACUACUUAGUAUGUUGUUGCUACACAUCAAACUGGCAUCAUGAUUGCAGCGCGAGGUCACAGCAUGAUAGCUACGCAGAACAAAAUCUCUCUCACCUCCGUCCCAAUCAAACCCAUCCAGAUAAACUUGAGAAACUGAAUUUGAAACCACAUUGUACCUGGCCAUUUAUUAUUUUAAAGUUCUUGUCGACAGUGGAAACAGUCUGAAGUUCUAGCAUUGUCAAUAUUUUGUCCAUUUCCUCCUUGCACACACAUGUUACUGGAUAUCUCGCGGAAGAGCUGGCUCCAACAGUGAGACCGUUGCCCGCUUACACAUUUCUGUGCUUUGCGCUAUAACAUUGCCAACCGGUAACAAACCGCUUCCGCAAUAAUAUGUGAAUCUAUUGCAUUCUAUUUCGUUCUCUCUUUCCUUGAAUCUCCACCAUUUUUGAAUUUUUUAAUAUCAGCUGCUUGCAUACUUCACAGCUACACUGUGGAAUACCCCAUAGGAACACUGCAGUCAUAGAGCGUAGAUUGCUGCUGCUCAGAGCUCAAUAAUUAUUUAAUUUCCACGCAAAAAUCCUUCCGAAGUAGGAACACAGUGAUUACGACGGCUCAUGCAUGCAUGCAUCCCACUUGAACCAACCUACUUGUUCUGCAUACUACCUCCGACAAGCGAAACUUGGCGCGUUUUUUGAUUUUUUUUGUUUUGGUACCAAAAUUACUUCACAAGGCUGUGAGGUACGACCUACUUGUAGCUCCA